UCUCUCUGCCUCUUAUUCACCCUACUUUCUCUCUCUCUUUUUCUCUCUCUGUGGCAUUCUAUUUUCCCUCGUCUCAGAUCUGAAUGUCACUGAUUGGACGGCCGUCACUGCCAUCAAACAGUCAUGAGCAGCUGGCUCAUGCAGCUUUCAUAUAUUCAUUUAUCCGUGUGUAUAUUAAUGUCUCUUCGUCCUGUUCUUGUUCCAGGGUACUCCAUGCCCCAGACCAAGGCUUUCCAAAGCUUCCCUCCAACCCAACACAACCCCCAGGCCGACCACACCAGCUUCCUGCCCCUGUCCUACCCUCCCUACCACCCCGCCCACCACGGUGGCACCCACGCUGGUCUGAACGCCGGUCUGAACGCCAGCCCAGCCAUGAAGCCAGGGCCCAGCCUGCUGGAAAGCAGUGCAUUGUGGGAGACGACCUACGGGGCGCCACCGAGAGAGAGAGUCGGGGCUGACGUGUCGUCGGGGUCUUCAGGGUACCAAUCAGGAAACAGCCAUACAGGCUCGGAGCUGAUGAAAGAGCACCUGAGAGAGAUUCGUAACCUGCGUCAGCGUCUGGAGGACUCCAUCCAGACCAACGACCGUCUCCGCCUGCAGCUGGAGGAGAGGUUGACCACCGCUAGCAGGGAGAACGGUGCUCCAACCAACAUCUACAUCCAGGGCUUGGACUCCGUCAGCCAGCUGUCCAAUGAGAUCCGAGCUCUGAAAGAUGACAACCUCAGUCUCCAGAGCCAGCUCAAACAGGCCAGCAGAGAGGGCAGUAAGGAGGCGGAGCAUCUGCGUGGGGCGGUGCUGAUGGGGCGGGCCCGACUGAAGGAGGCGGAGCUAGAGGCCGAGAGGUGGGCGGAGCAAGGCAGGAGACUGCAGAGCCACGCCCAGACUCAGAGCCAGGAGAUCACCCAGCUGAAACAGGAACGACUCGGCAACCAAGAGACCAUCAACAGGCUCCAGGAGGAGGUGACCCUGCAGCAGCAGCAGCUGUGCGAGGGGCGUGGCCUGGCCCAGUCCCUCCAGCGGCAGCUCAACGCAAACCACCGAGGGGGUGCCCUCCCCAGGGCCACGCCCCCUGGACCCCCAGGGAAGACCUCUCGCUCGGCCGAGUCCUUGACCUUUGACCCACGCGACCUCCAGGUCCAGUUGGAGCAGCAGCUGAGUGGCAGGCCGGGUCAGGGAGGCCACGCCAGGCGCAUGCUCUUCCUCGAGACACUGGCCUCCCCGCCCGUCAGAGACAUCGGCCUCUUCAGCCCCACCUCCCCCCUCUCCCCCCCUCUGAGACCAGAGGAGGCUACUGACAAUGAAGCUGGUUUGGCGGGCCAGGCUCCGGACGGCUCGUUCUCCAGCCGUAGCGGCCGCCACGUGGUGGGCCACGUGGACGACUUCUCUGCCCUGCAGCAGCAGCUCCUGGAGGGCUGCGUUCUCAUCCGCCAGCUGGAGACCACCCUCCGGUCCUCAUCCACCAGCCAGGCCCUGCUGGAGCUCAGCCUCGACAAGUCAGUGGACACAGGCUCUUUGAGGAACCUGCAGGCUAGCACUAAGACCCUGCGGCAUAUUCUGGAGGAGGCCAGCUCCCUGCUCAGAAUGUUCUGGAGGGCAGCCCUGCCCAGCAGGGAGGGACCCGGGCCGAGCACCAAGAAGGAGCAGGCUCUGAGAGAGGAGAUGAGCAGUCUGCGUGCGACGGUCUCGGAGCAGGAGGAGGCUCUGAGGGACGCCAUGGACAGACUGAAGAGCUCCAACCGCACCAAAGACAGCAUGGAGCACUUCAUCGUCAGCCAAUUGUCAAGAACACGGGAUGUCUUGAAGAAAGCCAAGACUAACUUACAGGAGAACGAACUCAAGUUAGCCUCCCUUGGCCUCUCCUCCUCUUCCUCCCUUCCUCCUCCCUCCUCCUUUUCUGCGCGUCCUUGGGUGGGUAAAGGAGAGAACCCCAGACCCCUCCAUGAGCUCCGUGGCCCUCCUGGUUGGGGUGUCCUGACACCCCUCCUCCAGGCUUCUCCUCCCAGGGCCUUUGGCUCCCUGAGGACCACAGAAGCUCAGGCUCAACGUCGCCCCCUACAGGCGUGAUCCUCACUAACCCCGCUCCAGCUCACUCCUGGGGGAAAGUGAAAAUCUUGGGUCUAUAAGGGAAACACAGGAGGCUAAGGGAAGUCUUGGGUGUCGGAUUAGGGAAACACUUGAAUUGAGGGUGUCUCGUGGAACUGUGUCGACAGUUUGGUUGUCAGAAAAGUGUCUGUUUGUCGAGAUGAAGCGUAGUUGUGUGUGAAGUUGCUUCCGAGGAAAGUGGUUGGCUUGAUACUGUUCAUGGCUGUCUUUGUCAGGUUUGUGUAGUUUAUAAGUGCUAGAAGAGGUUUUUGUUUCAGGAUCUCAACUGAAGUGUUUCCCUAGUUUGACCAGGGGUUCCUCAGACUGUACUGCUUUAGAUGACAGCCACUUAACAAGUGGAGUUGUUUUCAGGGAUCACACUACAGUCGAAUAUGUGCCAGCAGAAAAAAAAGCUGAUUUUAAAAAAGGCAAUCAAAACUGAAGUGCUUCCUUAAAGCUUCGUAUGAAGCUAGAUUGUAUUUGUCGUAGAUAAGUAGUUGCAUGUUGUUUGAACAACCAGUGGGGAAAAAGCCAUAGCCGGAAACAACUGGAAAAGAGAUUUUAUGUUUCUUGUUAAGAAACGUUUAACACUGAAAUGAUUUGCUAGUGAUGUCACUUUGUACAAACACUGUCCGGAUAUUUAACAGCCUUUUAUGAGUGGCUAGUACUGGACCUGUCUUCUUGCUGAAAUGCCAACACUGUAACCAUAGACUUUAUAUGAAAAAUGUAUAUUAAGUUUAAUAUUAAUUUAACUUUAUAUUCAGUCCUUGUCGGGAAAUUGGUGUUCCAAAUGAUGGAUCGUAAUAACUGUAUGGAAAUGUGUGAGGAACAAGCUGUUGAACAGACUCCACAUGUCUGACUGCUGUCAUCGCAGCAUUGCACCAAAAUGUAACGUUCUAGCUUGUUCCCCUGUGACUUCUGAGAGUCACAGGGAUAUUUGGUGCUCAGGAUAAAAUGCUCAAUGUUUUCUUUUUCGUUAUUUUACAACAGUUUCUAAUGGACCAGAUGCUUAUUUUUUAUUUCAUGUUUAUCAAAGACAACUUGUUAAUCUAUUUGUGUUUGGAUAAACCCUAAAAAUACAAAAUGUUGUUACAAUUCGAUAUGUUUUGUUCAAAAGUGACAAUCAUGGGCAGGGGAGGAUGGAUGUGGGGUAUUUACACUGGCAAAAUGCUGUGUGCUUAUUUGAGUUUCUGUGUGCUUAUUUGAGUUUCUGUAUGCUUAUUUGAGUUUGUACUGUAAAAAGCUUGUUGCCUAUUGUGCAUGAAUUGUGAGUUCACUGUCCCUCAAAGCUUUACCUGAAAUAUGCAAGAUUUAGGUUAGGUGCAAUAGCCCUUUAGGCUGGUCUACUCUGUAUUAGCUGCUCCCAGAAUCCAUCGCCAUGACAUCUGUAGUCUACGGUAUACUAGUUUUAGGCGAAUCAUUUGUUAUCACAGCAGUAUUUUCCGCUAUACCCUCACAGAUGUUUU